AUGGGGGCUAUCUAUUCGCUUUUCUUUCGUUCGUCAACUGCUACCAAUAAUGCCCGACCAUCAUCACCACCUCCACGUCAACCCUAUUCUUGGGAAAGCCCCGAACGCGCAGCAAUUAGAAAAGAAGACUUUAUUCUCGAUAAAUUAAAAGAUCAAACGAUCUAUCGUCUGCCAGGUUCAGUGAAUGGACAACAAUUCAUCAUUCAAAACUGCGAUAAUUGUUCAAUCUAUGUGUUCGAUUACGCGGAUAGUAUUCAAAUCGAUGAUUGCACCAAUUGUCGAAUUUUGAUUGGGCCCGUUCGCGGAAGUAUAUUUCUUCGAGACUCAAUCAAUUGCGUCCUAGCAACCAUCUGUCAACAAUUUCGCACGCGAGAUUGUCGUGAUACUCAUGUUUACUUAGCCUGCUCAAGUCAACCGGUCAUCGAAUCUUCACAUAAUAUUAAAUUCGGAUGUUUAACACUUAAUUAUAAAAACUUAGCUGAGCAGUAUAAAUCAGCCGGGAUCAGUCCAUGGAAUAAUAAUUGGAGCAAUAAUCAUGAUUUUACGUCGAUUCCCGAUGGAAAAAACUAUUCGUUACUUGAUAAAGAUGACAAUGUCUUCAAACAUUUAUCUUUACCAACGGAUCCAGCAUGUGCCUUCCUCAAUGUUAGUGAUAACGUUAAUCAAAGUGUAACACCCUAUACACACGGCGAAUUAUGUCGGGAUAGAAAUGAAGAACGAUGCUUAGUCAUUCUUUUCCAUAAUGCAAACGCUGACGCUUGUGCACGUGAUCUGAUAACAUCGACACGACAAUCAAAUAUUGAACUUGUACAAACGAAAUCGUAUAGAAUAGAUGAUACAAGUGUUGAACGACUUUUUGGUGGUGACCGAAAAUACAAUGCAUUAGUUGCGAGUGGCCCGGUCAUUGGCUUAGAGUUCAUAGGUGCAAAUUGUGUAUCUGUUUGUCAACAAGCUCUUCGGAAUUUGCUAACAGCAAAGUAUCCGAAUUUGCCUCAUUUCAUCAGUCAGUCGGCUGCUGCCGUUGCCGGUCAACUUGACAAGUUCUACAACUUCGCCAGUAUGCAAAUAUAUUCUAAACAUGAAAUCAUGAAUGUCGCAAGUUCAACUCCAGCUGAUAAAGUGACUUCAUCCGAUGAUUAUCGACAAUCAAGUCAUGGUGAUGAAGAAGAAAAAAUCGUGCAAGAAUUUGGACAUCUUUUGGAAAAAUCGAAACAACUAUUCAAUGGACUAAGAGAUCUUCCACAGUAUGGACAUAAACAAUGGCAGCCUUAUUUCGGACGUACAUUCGAUAUUUAUACGAAGUUAUGGAAAUUUCAACAACAACAUAGAGUUCUUCUGGAUAAAAAAUAUGGAUUGAAACGUUGGCAAAUCGGUGAGAUCGCGUCGAAAAUAGGUCAACUCUAUUAUCAUUUUUAUAUUCGUACGUCUGAGACAAACUAUUUGAACGAAGCAUUUGCUUUCUACUCAGCAAUGCGUGCGCGUGCGUACUAUUCAAAAGUGAAUCGCGAAGAAAAACCGGAUUUAAUGGUUAAAAAGUUACGUUACUAUGCUCGGUUCAUUGUCGUUUGUCUUCUGUUGAAGAAAACGAAAAUCAUGCGCGAAUUAGUACGCGAAUUGAAUCGACAAAUUGAUGAAUAUGUGAAAGCCUAUGAUCCCGAUGAUAGUCUCGAAUGGCAAUUGGUUCUCAAUGAAAUUUCUUCGUUUAUCGAAAUCGAUAACCAGUUGACUAUUGAUGGAAUAUCAACAUCAUUAUCUUAUCGAUUGAAUCAAUCUUUAGUGCCAACCUUACCUGCUAACGUCGAACAAAUUCUAUCAAAUAUUCAAUCAUUUUCACUGGAAGAGAUUCUUAUCAUCGGCAAUUAUCAAGAUCAGAUUAAAUUCAGUGAAUUAACAAUUGACAUGUACCGAAUGUUACAAGCUGUAGAGAGACAACCGAAUGAAGCGACAUCGUCGUUAGACGAUGGUAUCACAACACAAUCACCAGCUGGUCAUCAGAAGGAUAUUCUCAAUCUCUCCGAUAAUGGAAUAUCGAAUCGUUCCAAUCCGCACAAAUAUCUUCUUUAUAAACCGACAUUCAGUCAAAUUUAUGCAUUUACUUCGUCAGCUUUUAAAGAACUACCAACAAACGGUGCUCUGCUACUUUACAUUUCAGCCGAUGGUUAUGAUACACAUUUGAAAAGUAAAGUAGAUCAUGCUUAUGAUUUCGGAGGUUUAAAAACAAACAAUCGCCGUGAAGAUCCAAGCGAAAACUCGAAUUCGCCAGCAAAUACUCUAACAAAAAAACUGCUUUCAACGUCAGCAGCAGCAACAACAACAACUAUGCAUAAAGAUGUUCAUAGCAUUUUUCCUGGUGAUUUGUAUCCGUUUUUACGGAAACCAUUAUUUCUAAUUGUCGAUAGCAACAAUAGUACUGUUUUUCAACAUAUGCCCAAUUUAUUUGGUCAACCAUUCGUAUCAUUGCUUUCGCCUGUUAAGUUACCAGUUACAUUUCAUGAAUAUCAAAACAAAGGAAGUUUAUUUACAUUGUUUUUAACAUCUCCAGCAUUUGCAUUUUGUUUUGUUUGUCAUUUGAAUAAUUUAACAAAUGAACAAUGGAAUUUAUGUCAAGAAAAUGUUAAUAAAAUCAUCUUGGAAAUUACGAAGAAUUUCUUCAAAUCGAAACUUGUUGAUCACUCGAUCUAUCCUUUUCUAACUGAUGAAUUCUUACGAUUGUUUCUCGCGCGAUUCGUAUUUUGUUAUGCUGUUCUACGUUUACAUCGUGCAUUUAAGGGCUCUGGAUUUUAUCCAUCAUCUCAACCUCAACUAUCAAAUGACCUUCUCGAAAAUGUUCAAGUGCAUCGAAUGAUCUUGGAAUUAUCAGCAUCGUUGAAUGUUCGCCAAUUAUUUCUCGAAGGACCACUUAUUUCUGGUGAAUCAUCUCAUCAAUAA